AUUAGAUCUCUUUUUCAAGGGAGACCUGAUAAAACUGAUAAAAACAGAUACAAAUGUUGAGUUGGGUGCAACUUUACUGUUUUAAAUUCAGUCACAUCCAGUAAACAACAUCAAAAUAUAUACCAAAUAAAAUCAAUUAAAAUAAUGAGGCAUCCUCAUUUCUUUUUUACAAAAACUAGUAGUAAUGAGUAUUAUUGAUCUAGUGAUUGAUUGAAGUUCAGUUGCUUUGUUUUAUAGUUGUUUAGAAAUCCAGACUUGAUCAAAGUGCAAAACAUUCAAGAAAUUAGAGGAAAAAAAAUACAUAAUCAAAAAUAUAAUACUCUUUUACAUGAAAAACUUUUUACACAUUAUGACAAAGAUAGGGACUCAAUAUGCCUGUUUGGUGGCACUGAAAACAGCUUUAAUCAAAUCUCCUCUUUGAAAACCAUCAACUAAGAUUUCUCAUUUCUGGUUAUUAUCUCCAAGUGUUUCUUCAAGUUCUUAUAUGUCAAAAUAGGAGAGUAACUCAUAUUGGGUUUGGCAGUUUUUUUUCUUCCCUCUGACAUAAAGAUUUACCUCAGAGGUGAUGAACUAUGGCUGUGCACCCUCUUUGUGUUUGCAUGAAUCAGUGUGAGUCUGUGUGUUAACCCCUCUGCUGCUCACACAACAAAACAAUGGUGUCCAAAGCAAAGUGCUGACAUGAGCCCAGGCGUUCCUGCUGCCCGGCCCCCAACACCCGUAGGUGUAUAUAUACCCCUAUAUGCAAAGUCUCUGCAAACGGUUCAGUGGACACCCUGCGACACACAGCUCACCGGUUUGGGUACUGCUGAAAAAGAAGACAACAUGGCUCUGACAAACCCCAUGCCCAUGGGCCCCUGGAAGAUUACCGUGUACGAUCAGGAGUACUUCCAGGGCAGGCGUAUGGAGUUCACUGCCUGCUGCCAGAACAUCAUGGAGUGUGGGAUGGAGAACAUUCGCUCCCUGAAGGUCGAGUGUGGAGCCUGGGUGGGGUACGAGCACUCCAGCUUCUGCGGGCAGCAGUUCGUCCUGGAGAAGGGGGACUACCCUCGCUUCGAGGCCUACAGCGGCAGCAACUCCUAUCGCAUUGAGAGGAUGCUGUCUUUCAGGCCCAUCUGCUGCGCUAACCAGAAAGAGUGCCGCAUGACUAUCUACCAGAUGGAGAACAUGAUGGGUCAUCAGUUUGAGCUGUGUGAUGAUUACCCAUCUCUGCAGGGCAUGGGCUGGAUGUGCAAUGAGGUGGGAUCCAUGAUGGUCCACUGCGGCGCCUUUGUGUGCUACCAGUACCCCGGUUACCGUGGCCACCAGUACAUCAUGGAGUGCGACUGCCGCGGAGGAGAGUACAAGUGUUACCGUGAGUUUGGCUCCCACGCCCAGACUCCCCAGAUUCAGUCUAUCAGGAGGAUCCAGCACUGAGAGGGAGGUGCUUCUCUCGCUCCUCAUUACCUCCUUCCUUUCUCGCCUCCUGCACUUCGAUCCUCCUCCUCUCCUGCAACCAUCAUCUCCCCAGCUUUGCUGGUCCAGUUAGUCAAAGCAGGAUCCUGGACUGGUCUUCAGGCUCGUACUGACGUCAAUGGGUCCCUGCACCUUUGCUUUUUUCUCUCAUUUUUUUUAAAGAAAAUAUCAUUUGGAAAAGGAAAAAACGAUUUAAAAAAGACAGGGAUGAAAAAGUUGAAAAAGAAACAGCACCUCUGCUCCUUCUUUGCUCUUUUUUAUCUCCAACCAUUGAUGACAUCAUUUUCAUCGUCCUUGUCCGCUGCAUCAAUACGACCACCCCGCUCCUGUUACUGUGAUACACAUGACUGCCUGUGUUCAAGACGAUGAAUAAAGAGAACGAACAAAGAGACAGAAAUAUUCACGAUAUCCACAUGUA